CGGGGUCGAAUUGAAUAUAAGGAGAGGAGGUCGCUCGGGCUUGGUUGUGAAAGUGUUGCUGUUUCCGUGUGUCCUGUCUUUUAGCCGAAGCGGUAGCCAUGAGCAGUUCGUGCGGCGUUGUCGCCGUCGCGCUGCUGGUCCUGAUCCUUCCGGAACCUUCGAUAUUUGCACAGGAUGGAACUUGCAUAUGGUAUGGACAAUGUGGGACAGAUCCUAUCACACACAAGCGGUAUAACUGUAAAUACAAUGGCCCCCCAAAAGCACUACCAAAAGCAGGAUAUGAAUUAAUUGAUGAAUUGUGCCCCAGUUUUCACUAUGGGAAUCUUAGUCUUUGCUGUGAUGUUGAACAACUACAAACACUUAAGGAUAAUAUGCAACUACCACUGCAGUUCCUGUCCAGAUGUCCAUCCUGUUUUCACAAUUUUAUGACCUUUUAUUGUGAACUGACCUGCAGUCCCACUCAGACCCUGUUUCUGAAUGCCACCAAAUUUGAAAAAUAUGUUCAGGACAAAAUCAGCAUUACAGAAGUGGAAUAUUACAUUGGAUCACACUUUGCAAAUGCUAUGUAUAAUGCAUGCAAGGAUGUUCAGUCCCCAUCCAGUAAUGACAAAGCUCUGGGACUUUUUUGUGGAAAAGAUGUAGAAGAGUGCAAUGCGACCAACUGGAUUCAAUAUAUGUGUAGCACAAGUAAUGCACAGACUCCCUUCAACAUUAUUCCCAUUUUCAGUGAUAAUCCAAUUGGAAGAAUGAUCCCCAUGAAUAACGAAACCAAAGGCUGCAAUGAGACGUUGGAUGAUGGUUCUCCAGCAUGCAGUUGCCAAGACUGUUCACUGGUUUGUGGCCCAAAACCAGCUCCCCCACCAUUACCUAUCCCAUGGACCAUUUUUGGUUUAGAUGCUAUGGCUGUUAUGAUGUGGAUCUCUUAUCUGAUCUUCCUGUCUAUCUUUGGGGGAGCUGUUAUUGGCAUGUCUUAUUGCAGGAAAAGUCACAUGGUGACAGAAUAUACACCAAUCAGUGAUCCUAGUGCAAAUCACUUGGUUAACGUGCAUCAUUUAGAUAUUUCUUGCUGUGAACAGCUUGGUGCAAAAUCUGAAGUUCUCCUGCGUGAUCUAUUCACAAAGUGGGGGUCCUUAUGUGUGAGAAAACCUUUCCUAGUUGUUGUGGUGACCAUUUUUGCUGUGGGAGUCUGCAGCUCUGGUUUGGUAUACAUGAAAAUAACUACUGAUCCAGUUGAAAUCUGGUCUGCCCCAUCCAGCCAAGCUCGCAAGGAAAAGUAUUACUUUGAUACCCACUUUGGACCCUUUUUCCGGACAGAGCAGCUAAUUAUUACAGCUCCAAAUAGUUCCUGGACCAUUUAUUCUCCUUAUCCAUCUGGGGCAGAUGUACCAUUUGGCCCUCCACUGGACAAAGACAUCCUGCAUCAGGUACUUUAUUUACAGGAUGCUAUUCAAGACUUGGAAGCUUAUUACAAGAAUGAAACUGUGAAGCUGAAGGACAUCUGCUUGUCACCUUUGGCUCCAUAUAAUAAUAACUGUACCAUCUUGAGUGUCCUGAACUAUUACCAAAACAGUCAUGCUGUCCUUGAUCAUUCUGUUGGUGAUGACUUUUAUACAUAUGCUGACUACCAUAGCCACUUUCUGUAUUGCACUAGGGCACCAGCUUCACUGAAUGAUACAACUAUGCUUCAUGAUCCUUGUUUGGGCACAUUUGGUGGACCAGUAUUUCCAUGGCUGGUUCUAGGUGGAUAUAAUGGUGAUGAUUAUAACAAUGCCACAGCACUAGUAAUCACUUUCCCUGUAAAUAAUUAUCUUAAUGACACUGAGAAACUGAACAAAGCACUGGCUUGGGAGAAAGCACUUAUUGAUUUUCUGAAAGCUUACAAUGAGUCUAACUUGACAAUUGCAUUCUCAACUGAACGGAGCAUUGAAGAUGAGAUUAAUCGGGAGAGUAACAGUGAUAUCAAUACCAUUAUCAUUAGCUAUGCAAUCAUGUUCUUGUACAUCUCCAUCGCUCUGGGGCACAUCAGAAGCUGCUGGACUUUCAUGGUGGACUCAAAGAUUUCACUGGGAAUUGCUGGUAUUGUGAUUGUCCUAAGUUCUGUGGCCUGUUCUCUUGGUAUCUUCAGUUAUGCUGGCAUUCCCCUCACGCUGAUUGUGAUUGAAGUCAUCCCCUUUUUGGUGUUGGCAGUUGGUGUAGACAACAUCUUUAUCAUCGUUCAAACAUUUCGGAGAGACACACGUUUACAGAAUGAGUCCAUUGACCAACAGAUUGGUAGAGUUUUGGGAGAAGUUGCACCAAGUAUAUUCCUCUCUGCCUUCUCUGAAACAGUGGCCUUCUUUCUGGGUUCUUUAUCAACAAUGCCAGCAGUCCGCACCUUCUCCCUCUUUGCAGGGAUGGCUGUAUUUAUAGAUUUCAUACUGCAGAUAACCUGCUUUGUAAGUCUCUUUGGGUUGGAUGUCCAGCGCCAAGAGAGUAAUCGUAUGGAUAUUGUGUGCUGUGUGAAAAAACAAGAAAAUGUUGAUGGUCAUUCAGAGGAACUUCUUUUCAGAGUCUUCAAACAUAUAUAUGCACCAUUUCUAUUAACCAACUGGAUGCGGCCUGUUGUAAUAUCUAUGUUUGUUGGUCUACUGUCAUUCAGUAUUGCAGUAUUAAAUAAAGUUGAGAUUGGACUGAAUCAGAGUUAUUCAAUGCCAGAUGAUUCAUAUGUUCUACACUAUUUUGAAUCAAUGGCUGAGUACUUGCAUGCAGGCCCUCCUGUCUACUUCGUGAUAGAAAAAGGACAUAAUUACACUUCUCCAGAAGGACAAAAUACUGUGUGCGGUGGUGUUGGUUGUAACAAUGACUCUCUCGUCCAACAAAUUUAUAAUGCUGCUUUAUUAGACAACUAUACAAGAAUUGGUUUUCCACCAUCAUCGUGGAUUGAUGAUUACUUUGACUGGGUGAAGCCACAAUCCUCCUGCUGCAGAGUCUACAAUACUACAAAGAGCUUCUGCAAUGCUUCAGUUGUUGAUGAUUCGUGCAUUCGCUGCCGCCCACUUUCCCGAGAGGGAAAAGAGAGACCAUAUGGAGAAGACUUCAUGAACUUUCUCCCCAUGUUUCUGUCUGAUAAUCCAAGUCCAAAAUGUGGCAAAGGAGGCCAUGCAGCAUACAGCUCUGCAGUGAACAUGCUUGAAAACAAUACUGCUGUGGGAGCCACUUAUUUCAUGACCUUUCACACAGUACUGAAAACAUCAGCUGAUUUCAUUGCUGCUGCCAAGCAUGCAUGGAGUCUGGCAGAAAACAUAACUGAAUCCAUGGGCAUUUCUCACAAAGGCUAUCGUGUCUUUCCAUACAGUGUGUUUUAUGUAUUUUAUGAACAAUAUUUCACAAUUGUGAAAGACACUAUUUUCAACAUCUGUGUCUCUCUGGGAGCUGUGUUCACUGUGACUACAAUCCUGCUGGGCUGUGAAGUUUGGUCUGCCAUGAUUGUCUGCAUCACCAUUUCUAUGAUCAUAACAAACAUGUUUGGAGUUAUGUGGCUGUGGAACAUCAGUCUUAAUGCAGUCUCAUUAGUAAACCUGGUUAUGUGCUGUGGUAUUUCAGUUGAGUUCUGUAGCCAUAUUGUUCGAGCAUUUUCGGUCAGUCUGAAGGAAACCAGAGUGCAGCGUGCUGAGGAAGCAUUGGCAAAUAUGGGCAGUUCUGUGUUUAGUGGCAUCACACUGACCAAGUUUGGAGGUAUUGUGGUCCUGGCAUUUGCCAAAUCUCAGAUUUUCCAGAUCUUCUACUUCAGGAUGUACUUGGCAAUUGUGCUUUUGGGAGCUGCUCAUGGCCUCAUAUUCCUUCCAGUCUUCCUUUCUUACGUGGGACCAACCAUUAACAAAGGGAAAGUUUCAGCUCUGCAAAACCAUUACAAGAACACUGAAGAGGAGCAACUGCUAAAGUUCCAGCUGUUUCCAUUUUUUUGGAUUGGUAACUAGCAGUUCAACAAUGAAUCUAAGACUACAAAAUGCAAGAUUCUUUCUGGUUGACCACUGAAGAAUGACACUGGGAAGUGACACUAAUGCAGUUUUAAUACAUGCCAAAAGUAGAUAUUUUUCAGUCUUUUUUUAUAAUGCACAUUUAAUAAAGUUUGUGUUCAAUAACUAA